GUGCUGUCGUACAAUCAUUCGUGUGCACCUGCGUCACAGAAUAUACGGACCAUCAUGUAAAAAAUAUCGGAGUGUGUAGUAAUCUUGCCGUUUUAUUUUAUUAUAAAAUACUGUCGGUUCCUUAUUUUUUAUUCUUCUUAAUUUGCCCCUCUUGUUUAUUCUCACAAACCUCCUAAUCAUAUUCGCGCUUUGGACUCAGCAAGAUUUUUGAGCAGAUAGUAUUUGGUUAGGGUUUCAGGGAUUUUAUAUGCUGUUUCUCGACAGGGAUUUUUCUUUCUUCAAGGCUUGUUGAUUCCGAGCUUUGGGUUAGGCCAAUGGCAACGUCAGAAGGUUCGGUCAAGGGAGCUACUCAUUGGAAAAAACUAACAGUCCAGGAAAUGCAGAGUUCCCUGGAGGUCGCAGGAUCCAAACCCUCGAUUACAACCGUAAGCCAACUAGAAAUCCUAAGUCAACCCUCAGAUGAUUCUUCCAAGAAACCUGAGGUCGAAUCCGAGGAAUUUCAGGAAGAGGAUCAAGAAGCUCAACCUGUUGCAGUACAGGAUAAUGUGGCCCAGCCUGGAGAUGUUUCGACUACGGUUAAAGAUUUAGGCCUGGUGCAGUCCGGUGUGGAGCUUGGUUCUGAUUUGGAAAAGAAGCAGAAGAGAGCAGAGCGCUUCGGGGUUUCGAUUCAAAUGUCCGAGGAUGAGAAGCGGAAGGCGCGAGCUGCAAGGUUUGGUGGAAUUUCAUCUGAUACUGUGGGGACCAUCUCAUCUGGUGUAGAAGAGGAAAAGAAGAGAAAGGCUAGGGCUGAAAGGUUUGGACUUCCGGCAAGUUCUGUUCAUGACGAAGAGGCAAAGAAGAAAGCUCGUAUGGAAAGGUUUGGAAUGGGCAUCAAAUGUGAUUCUGCUGAAGUAGAGAAAAGGGAAGCUAGGGCUGCAAGGUUUGGAUUAAAAUCCAGCAAUAGCACUUCCGAUGUAAACAAUGAUAGUAGUAAUGCACAAGGUGCUGUAGCUUCAGUGUGAUGGUUUGGGAAUGCACUUGCUAUCAUGAAAGCUUUUCAUCAGCUACUCGAAAAGAAUAAUGAAAUAAGAAAUGAAACAACUCUAGGGAAGGGGCGCUGUAGGGUUAAUCUAGGUUUUGUUUUACUCUUUUGACACUCUGAACUUCGUUUUCUAGACUGACUACUUCCAACUAUUUUGGACUAACCACGCUCUUUUUGUUUUAUUGACUAGCUUAUCUACUUCUGAUUUUUCUCCCCUUCCAUUUUCUUUUUGUAUUUUAUUGAAAUUGACCUAUCUCACUUUUGUAUCUAGUUUAUAAACCUGACCAAUGCUAAUGUGGGUUUCGGACCCUUUCUUUUUUGUUGCAUUACUUGUGUACUGGGUAGUUUCCACCAUCCAUACUAAUGUAGUAAACUUCUUUCUUUUCUUGUCUUGGUUUUCCUUGCUCUACCUGGAAUACCUUUUUUUUAUACUUCUUUGUCUUUCUACCCUCAUUUGUUGUGGUGUUUUACUUUUGCAGUUGCUCUCUGCAAAUUGGCUGUUAGUGUCCUAGUUUCUAACUUGUGUUUGUUCGCUUAAAUUGUUUUAAACUGUUGGGAUAAUUUUUGUGCUUUGCUGGGCUGUUUUUCUAUCAAGCCCAGAGGGAAUGCCUACCAUGGCGGAGUUACUGUGGUAAGAACAUGAGGUGUUGACAUUUCCAUUCUGGUCUCUUCAAGCGUAUGUUUGACCGAUUUACUAUCUAAAGACACGGCUCCUCCAUGAGUGCAGGGAUGAUGCAUUUUUGAAAUUAUAUUGCAUUUGAAAGGAAUGGUAAAUUGUAGUUGAACAAGACUACUAAUGAAGUCUUUAAAUGUCUUUUGGUUGUAAAAGCUGAAGUACUUUUUAAUUGAAUUACUAAUUAAAAAUAUGCUUUAAUGUAAUAUUCAAGGUAUAUCCUUCAUGAAUACCCAGGUGUAUAUACGGAAAUAAUAUGCAUCCAUUUAUUGUUCCGUUGUUAAAGGAAGAAAUGAUGCCUUCACUUUUCUGCUCAAUCUUUGGAGCGCA